UCCUCCCCGCCUUGGAUCAUCUCUCCCCUGUCAACGGAUCGGAAGCUAAGAUGGCGGCCUUGGCGACCGGCGGUGGGCUGAUGCGGAGCGAAAAGGCUGCGACGAGUUUCCAAAGGAAAGUGCCGGAAGACGGAGGCGGCCGCUUGGCCGUUCUGCCCGGCACUCGACCGUCGGUGCGCCACGGGCAGCUCCUGCUUUCCAGUGGGCUGCCGUCCCUGGACAGUGUGCUAGGUGGAGGCUUGGCAGUUGGAACACUUCUACUUAUUGAGGAAGAUGUUUAUGGUAUUUACUCCAAUCUGCUGUUCAAGCAUUUCCUUGCAGAGGGAAUAGUCUGUGGACAUAAUUUAUUCAUUGCUUCAGCUAAAGAGGAGCCUGCUGAUAUUUUAAAGGAGAUUCCAUCACCUUUGUUGAAUACUUCUAUCGAUGAGACAAGGGAAGAAGCAAUAGCUAUGAAGUGCAAAGAAGGUUCUGAAGAAUCUAUGAAAAUAGCCUGGCGUUACCAGAAUAUACCAAAAAUUGAGGUAACCCAAAAAGCAUGUUCAAAAUUUGGACACUACUUUGAUUUAUCAAAAACAAUGGCUCCAGAACUAAUCCAAAAUAUCAAGUGGCAUGGUUUUUUCCUUCAUGAAGAAACAACUUUGUGUCCCAGUAUAAAAUCUUGUAAUAUGGCCUAUGGUUAUACCAGAUUGCUUCAUUCUAUUCAGACGGUCAUUUCCCAAGAAGGAUUUGAUGGCUUCAUUCCUCAGAAAAAACAAAGAAAUGUUUUGAGAAUUGGAAUUCAGAACCUUGGUUCAGUACUAUGGGGUGAUGACAUUUGUUGUACUGAAGAUCCACAAAAUAUUCAUAGCCUCACAAAAUUUCUUUAUGCUCUCCGUGGCCUUCUCAGAACGUCUUUAUCUGCCUGCAUUAUCACCAUCCCAGCUCAUCUUAUCCAGAAUAAGGCAAUUAUGGAACGUGUUACAAACUUGUCAGAUACGGUUGUUGGUCUUGAAUCAUUUAUCGGCUCUGAGAGAGAAACCAAUCCAUUAUACAAGGAUUACCAUGGUUUGGUUCACAUACGCCAGAUUCCUCGGCUUAAUAGCAUGAUCUGUGAUGUGUCAGACAUGAAGGACCUUGCUUUUAGAUUGAAAAGGAAGCUGCUCACCAUUGAGUGAGAAAAAGGAAAUAAAAUAUUUUUGAGGACUCAGAUUAGAAAUAAAGAUGAUAAAAAAACAAGCAGCAUGGAUUAUAACCCAUACUGGAUUUUCACAAAUGUGUGCCAUUUUAAGAGACUGGAAAAUUGUAUAAAUAUAAAACAUGCUACAAUAAAAUGCUAAAAACAACGGUUGGAGAUUAUAGACAAAUAGCAGUGUGCUGUACAUUUAUAUGGGCAUAGUGUUGAAAACUAACCAAACUUCUUUGAAAAACAGUUUAGAAAUCCUGUUUCACAGGUGACUUGGAACAAAACUGCCUCAAUGAUGUUAUCAGCACUAGGCUAUUACUUCUCAAGUAACAACGUUUGUAAUGGAAGCACUGAAUGAGUUCCCUUUAUUCCCUAACUGUGUUAUAGCAAUUGUCCAGUUUUAUUACAGUGUCCUUUGCAGUGUAACUUAUUAACAAGCAACUGAAGUGUCGUGUCGUCAGGAGUUUAAUUAUUUGUAAGCAGCUCAUCCUAUGCAAUUUACUGCUUUUAGAAGUUAAUGUUGAACUCAAGAAAUAAAACUUGAAAAGUUGGUGACCUUUGAUAACAUACGUACAUAUGUAAUGUAUUUUUGGUGAGGAUGUUUAUAGCUUUGGUCUUAAAUUCUAUUUUUUGUUGGUGUUGCUAAACUUCUUAGUGGAAAUGAGAGAAUGGUUGUACAUACCAAUAUGCAUACUUGAUAUUUCAUUUCACUGUACAUAUUUUAAAAUAUUAGAGAAGCUCUAGUGCAUGCCACUUUAAAAGCCUCACAAUUUCGAAGUUAACUUGUCUAAUCCUAUUUCUCCCUACUUCGGAAUCUUAAUUAGAAGGAGAUAAAAACCAUCAUUUGACUAAAUUAUUGUCUUGAAUCUGUAGCAAAGGUAUAAUCCGCAAUUGGGCCAAUUAGUGUACCCCAUAGUUAGCUAUGCUGAGGCAGGCAACUUGAUUAGAUCUGACACCAGCCUAGUUCCCACUGUUGUUUUGCCAGGUAUGAUGGUCAGACUUCAAAGGGCUUGAGGCAUCAGCAGGGCAAGGUUUGGAGGCCAGCUUAGGUCCGGUCGUUAAUCUCUCUGCUAAAACCACAGCAGCCAUCACACAAAACAAGCUUACACGACACAAUCAUGCGGUAUUAAAGUUUGGGUUGAGUCAUGCCAAUUUGCCUUUGAUUUUCUGAUGAUUGAGUAAAAGAUGGCUACAUGACUAGACACAUACUAAAAAUGUACUGAUUAGGUAAGUUCUUCAAAUAUUUGAAAUAUUUUUGAUUUUUCAGUCAAAUAAUAUGACAUGCUGUUUAUCUUAAUAAAACUUUCUGGCAGAGAAGUACUUGAAAUUCCAUUUGUAUUUAGUAUACCUUGAGUUAACAAAAUGUUUGGCACAUCUCAUGCUUCUCUUUUAUGUAAUUUCCCCCAUAAUUUCAAAGUUAUUUGUAUAAAAAUAUAAAGAAAACUUGGUAAUAUACUAUUGUAUUAUCUUAAACAGAACAGUAAGAAAACUAUUUUUUCCUUACGGAUAUUUAUUCUCAUUUAAAAUUAUUCACAUAAAGGGAAUUUCCUCAUAAUUAUUUUCCACUUAAAUGCUGAGUAAAGUGCUGCUCAGCUGAUGUGAUUACAUAAGUGUUCCUUUCUUCUGCAUUCUGAUUUGUUGAAAUGUUGCAGUAAUGGUGACAUGUUUCCAUUCUGAGGAAAGCCUAGGGCUGCUUUAGUAUUAUUCCAAAUGAUUGAAAUUGCCAUCUUGCUGACUUUCCUUUAGGCAGCUUUAGGCCUGUUUACUUUUGUAUUUGUUUCUCAUGUUCCAUCUGAGUUUGGCCAGCAGGACAACUCUACCUGGUUUGACAAAACAGUUGGAAUAAAGACUCAAUACUGAUUAAUCUUUUCUGCUCUCUAAUGCUGAUCAUAUAGAAUUCUGCCUCUCAAACUUUAAUAACCAUGACUAU